AUGAGUCUGGAUAUUUUCCACGUGUGCGAGCAUGGCGACGUGAACGCCGUUCGCUCACUACUUGAUCUGACGCCUGAGCUUGUUCACGCUGUCGACGAGUCCAACAAGACUGCACUGUCCCGUGCCCUUCAGUUUGGCCAUGUCGACGUCGUUCGCGAGCUGCUGGAGCGAGGCGCCGACCCACGUGUAGCCCAGGCUACAGCCACCCCUACGGAGCAAAACCAGGAAGCCUUUGCCAUGGUCCGUGAUGCUGCUCUGCGUGCCGAUACACGCAUGGCCAACCAGCACUCAGGCGUCGCACCGACAGCCGACGUGCCCACGUCAGACGACAAGAAGGAAGAGAACGAGGGUGGCGUAGCGGCCAGUCUGCCACCGCCCGAAGUGGCUCGUAUGAUUCCGUGCAAGUUCUUCCCGAAUUGCCGUUACGGUGACCGCUGCCUGUUCCACCACCCAUCCGGCCCGAUUGCGAAUCACCCAGACGGCGUGCCGCCACAUGGCAUGCAGCCCAUGUUCUUCCCUGGUCCGAAUGGCAUGCCUUUCCAGCCAGGACCGCCUCCGUACGGUGUGCCGCCGCCUUUUAUGGAGAUGAAUCACCCCAUGUUCCCUGUGCCGUAUGGCCCCAAUGGUGUGCCAUUUUACCCUCCGCCUGUGAGCGCCCAGCAAGACCAGAAGAAGUCAGACGACACGACGUCAGGCGACAAGAACGACACGAAGCAGGGUGAGACGUCAGAGUCUACCAACACUGAGAACUCCAACCAUGCCAGCAACAACCGCAACGCCCGUACUACUACGAACAACAAAAAGGUCAACAACAAGCCUACUCGCUCGGAUGGCAACACACAACGUGGUCGUGUGAACCAGGGAAGCCGCCCAUCCUGCGCCUUCUUCGCCCGCUCUGCCUGCCGCUAUGCCAACGACUGUCGCUUCCCGCAUGUGCUGCCCGACGGUACAGACGCACGUCAGCUGCCCACCGAUCAGGAGAGCAAGUCGUCGAAAUCCUCGCCACGUCGUAGCAACACACACGGCGCCCAAUCGCACAAUGUAUCGGACGGGGAAGGUGCCUCCAGUGGCACAUCUACGCCGCAGGGCAGCGGAAAGAAGUCGACCAACGCUCGCCGUAAUGUGAAUGGCAACAACCCACGCGGCAAGGGUGUGCGUCGUAAUGCAGCGCCUGUGCAUACCAACCGCAAGACAGUGCAGCGCGUUCCCAAUAGCGAUGAGUUCCCUGCUCUGCCUGGUGGCACGAGCACCGAAGCUGCUCCUGCGCCUGCGGAGAACAAGGCCACCAAGGCCAACUUCUCUGCUAUUUUGAGUGCGCCUGCGCCGUCCAAGCCGGUGAAAACGCCCGUGGAGACACCGACCAAGUCUGCUGAGGAGAAACCGAGCCAAGAAGAGAGCAACCCAGCAGACGCGUCGCCGUCUACACCUGCAGCUGCAGCCUCAAGCACGAGCCCGUCGCAAACGCGUGACUUUGCUGCCGUGGCCUCGGCGCAGCAAAGCACCAUUGCAGUAUAA